AUGGCAGCUAGUCUCUUAACUUUCAUCUUCUUCCUUUUACUUCAACUUCUCAACAAUACCUUCUCUCUGGAAAUCCACUUCUACAAUCAGUCAUGUCCAAGAGCUGAACUCAUAGUUAACAGUGUAGUUAGGAAGCAUGUUCUUCAAGAUCCUUCAAUCCCUGCUGGUCUUCUUCGCCUGCACUUCCAUGACUGUCUCAACGGUUGUGAUGCUUCCAUUCUUAUAGACAGCACUGAAGAUAAUAUAGCAGAGAAAGAGGCUCCUCCAAACUUGACAUUAAGAGGGUUUGAGGUCAUUGAUGAUAUAAAAGCUUCAUUAGAAGAUGAAUGCAAGGGAGUAGUCUCAUGUGCAGACAUACUUGCAAUGGCCACACGUGACAGCGUGGCAUUGUCCGGUGGUGCAGCCUAUGCAAUCCCAACCGGAAGGAGAGAUAGCACUGUGUCUACAAUUGCUAAUGUUCAUAUCCCCAGUCCUUCAUUCCCUUUUUCUGCUGCAUUAUCUGUAUUUCAAUCCAUUGGCCUUGAUUUAGUGGACAUGACCACAUUGCUAGGUGCUCAUAGUGUUGGAUUUUGCCACUGUGGUUUCUUCAUAGACCGGUUGUAUGACUUCGAAGGUACAGGCUUGCCGGACCCUGCAAUGGAUACUGGAUUGCUUGAUACACUCCGGCAACAAUGCCCGCCGCAUGUUGUGACCCUGAAUAAUAUCAGUAAGGAUCCUACAGUGUUCAUGGAUCAACAAACUAAGACACCAUUCAGAUUAGAUGGUUCAUUCUAUCAUGGAGUUGUUGAUAAAAGGGCAGUUUUGCAGUUGGAUCAAGAACUAGAUUUCACUGAUCUCACUAGUAAACUUGCCCUGAAGUAUGCCAAUAAUCCAAAGUCUUUUAUAAAACAGUUCUCCAAAUCUAUGAUCAAAUUGGGUAGUACCAAUGUGCUUACUGGUGAACAAGGAGAGAUCAGGCAAAAUUGCCGUAGAGUAAAUGGUUAACUGAUUAUAAACUCAUUUACAAAUUCAAAUUAUUUGGUAUAUUGUUAUGUAUGCUCUCAUUUCCAUUUCUUGAAAAAACAGAGUUAGGACCUUCAACUUCUGAAGCAUAUAUAUAAAUACAGAGUGUUCUUGGUUUAGUUCAUGUUUGGUUGUUAAAUAGGAGUCCUUUGAGAGAUAUUAGAGGGCAAAAGAAUUUGAUAGUGAGAAGUCAAGUUGAAUGAGAUCUUGAAGGUUCUCUUUGUCUGGCUCUGUAUAUUCUUACUUAUCCUUUGACAUUCUUUCCCCACUUUCCAUUGUGCCAUAAUCAAGAGAAUAUAUUCUACAUGAAUGCCAUGCAUUGCUAGAACUUGAAAA